AUAAUAAAUUAUAUUAUUAUCGCAGGUCAUAUAUAUUUCAUAGUUUCGCAGUUUCUAAUAAGACAAUUACAAGUAUUAAAUCUUGUCUAUUAAAUCAAGUAUAUCUAAGAUGAAAUUAACUUUGUGUUACCUAUUUCUUUUUAUUAAUUUUGGUUUCAUCAGAUGCGAAUUGUCCGAAUACAGAAUAGGAUAUUUAUUACGAUAUUGCAUAGUGGUGUCAACUCCAGAGAGAAUUGCCUGUGAUGGACUGGUUUCUACAAUGGACAAAAACAAGGAUGGUCAUCUUACUGAUGACGAAUUGAAAUCCUUCGUUUCGGAAAAUUUAGCAGAAGUUGAUCAGAAGGAAUUUUUGGACAGACUAAGAGAAAUUAUAUUUCACAAUCAUAACCAGGAACGCAACCAUCUCGACCAACCGCAUGUACCCUGUACAGAUGCCAAAAAGAAACUUAUGGAAAAGCCACAUUUGAGAGAUUCAUUAGAGUAGUAUUUAAGUUUAAUAAAUGUUUUAAGUGUU